AUGUCAGCUACACGGGUAUUUAUGGGGCAUGUAUUAAAAUCAGAUGAAUCAUGUAAUUAUUAUAUAGGUUUUCCAUCACUGAAAAUAUUUCAAGAUGUUCUCAUUUUUCUUGAUGCUGGUGAAACUGGUCAAAAUAUUAUUUUGUACAACUAUAAAGAAGGGAAAAACGAUGCACGUGGUGGUCGUAGAAGGUGUUUCUCACCAUUGGAAAGUUUCGUGCUGACACUUGUAAAAUUGAGACGGAAUUCUGGAAUUAUUCAUUUUUCAUACAUAUUCAAUGCAUCAGAAGGUACGAUAAGCAAUACAUUCAAUACAUGGAUAAACUUUAUGUACAUCAGAGUUGGUAGCAUAUGUAUAUGGCCAACAAGAGAACAGGUUCAAAAAAUAAUGCCUGAAUCUAUGAAACAACACUUUGCCAACACACGGUGUAUAAUUGAUUGUUUAGAAAUCAAAGUAGCUGUUCCAACAUCACUAAGGCUGCAUAAAAUGUUAUAUUCUGAUUAUAAAAGUCACACGACAGUUAAAAUCUUAGUUGGGAUAGCACCGGGCGGGGGCUUCACAUUCAUCUCCUCUGCAUACCCAGGUAGCAUUUCGGACAAAAACAUUGUUGUUAAAAGUGGAUUUUUGAGACCCAAGUUGUGGCAAGAAGGAGACGCUGCUAUGGCCGAUAGAGGAUUCACUAUUGCAGAAUAUUUGAAACCAAUGAAUGUGGAGUUGAUCAUACCCUCAUUUUUACAAGGACGUGAACAGUUUACAGAACUUGAAUUGGUAAAAAGUCAACAAAUUGCUCGUGAACGAAUUCAUGUUGAACGAAUGAUACAGCGCUUAAAAUGUUAUCACAUAUUCAACCGUGUAAUGCCACUUAACAUGGCUGGUUCUUUAAAUCAAAUCAUAACUGUAGCAGCAUUAUUAUCAAACUUUCAAGACCCUAUUUUAAAAGAUGUAAAUUAA